CCUGACCACAACUCUCAGCCUUUGCUGGAAGUCCUGAGAACGUCCACAGACUCCAGGAAUAGAGACUCUGUACAGCCAUUUCCAGUGCUAGCAUUCACCAAUCCAAUUCACUUCCUUCAGCUCAGCCCUCCAUCACCACCAACCACCAGAACAACCUGUGAAGAAGAGGUCUUGGGGGAGAUGCAAUGGGUGCAACAGGCAGACAUCUUUAGCAUGGACACAAAGAACAUCUCUGCUCUGGCAAUGAUUACAGAGAAAACAGAAGCUGAGAGGAGGGUCAAGCAAAGGCUGGAAGUACAAAGAGAACAACAGCAUUCAGUAGCUCAGCCACUGGGGGAAGUGACCAGACAUUCACCCUUGGAAAAAUCAUCAAGCUGGCCAGAUAAAAAAAUGAUCAGAGUGGUGCCACAGGAGCCAGUAGCCAGUCAAGAAAACCCAAUUAAACGCCGAGUAAAAAGCAAGGAUUGGCAUCGUCAAGGCCUGAAAAGAAUAUCAAUACCAUCAGACAUCUUGCAGGAAAUCUCUACUGUCCCUCCAGAGAAAGAAGCACCCAAGGCAUACAGGGAGCCACCAGUCAGUUCAGAAACAGUUAUAAUGCGAGAGAAGAAACCUGCAGAUGUGAGGGAGAACUUCAAACGAAGGCAUUCCAAACUGAUCAACUCCUCAAGGUUGCUGUAUCAGGAGUACAGUGAUGUGGUUCUGAACAAGGCCAUUCAGAACCAGAAGAGAGUGGAUUCUUUCUCAGAGGACAUAGAGUCGAGUUUCCCAAGCUCCCCACGGCUACGGAGGAAAGUGCUCUCUCCUCAGGACUCAUAUUUGCAACGUCUGUCAGUCUCAUCUAAUGCAUCCCUCUGGCAGGACAUCCCUAUGAUACGGGGAAGCAGAAUGCUACUCAACAUGUCCCAUGAUGAGCAGAAGCUGCAAGAGGCCAAGUUUGAGUUGAUAAUGUCAGAAGCUUCCUACCUGCGCAGUUUAAAUGUGGCAGUGGAUCACUUCCAGCGAUCACCUGAGCUCCAGGCAGUACUCACUAACCAGGAGCGUCAGUGGCUUUUUUCCCGUCUUCACGAUGUACGUGAUGUCAGCGCUAGUUUCCUCUUUGAUUUGGAGGAGAAAUUUGAGGAGGACAUGUUUACCUUCCAUGUGUGCGAUGUGGCUCUGAAACAUGCCCCUGAGUUCCGGAGGGUGUAUCUACCGUAUGUGACAAACCAGACGUACCAGGAGCAAACCUUCCAGCGCUUACUAAAUGGAAACGCAGGGUUCCAACAAGUCCUGGAGAGACUGGAAAGUGAUCCAGUAUGCCAGCGCCUCUCCCUUAAAUCCUUCCUCAUCCUCCCCUUCCAGCGCAUCACUCGACUGAAACUCCUCCUACAGAAUAUUCUGAAGAGAACCCGGCCUGGAUCUGAAGAGGAAGUGCAAGCAACACAAGCUUAUGAUGCACUUGAAAAGCUCAUCAAGGAUUGCAAUGAAAAUGUCCAGCGCAUGAAGAGCACUGAAGAGCUGAUCUACCUCAGCCAGAAGAUUGAAUUCGAGUGCAAGAUUUUCCCACUCAUUUCACAGUCAAGACGCCUUGUGAAGUGUGGUGAGUUGACAGCACUGGACUUCAACACCCUCAGUCAAAAAUGGAAAGUCACCACCCGCCCGAUCUACCUACAUCUUUUCAAUGACUGCCUGCUCCUCUCACGGCCAAAGGAGGGUGGACGUUUUGUUGUGUUUGACCAUGCUGCUUUCUCAGAUGUGCGUGGGGAGAAGUGUGAGAUGAAACUGCAUGGAACAAACAAAAAUGUCUUCCGUCUCUUUCUACUUCAGAAUUACCAGGGCAAGAGAGUGGAAUUUCUGUUCCGUACAGAGACACAAAGUGAGAAGCUGCGGUGGAUCUCUGCUUUGGCUCCUCCACGAGGGGAACUGGACCUCCUGGAAUGCCCUGAUGCACCACAAGUUCAAUGCAUAAGGACAUACAAGGCUCGGGAAAAUGAUGAGCUGGCUUUGGAGAAAGCAGAUAUCAUCAUGGUUAUGCAGAGCAGCACUGAUGGAUGGAUGGAAGGAGUGAAACUCUCUGACAGAGAGAGAGGCUGGUUCCCCUCAGAACAUGUGGAGUUGAUCUCCAGCAAGCAUGCACGGCAGAAGAACCUGAAGGAGGAAGAACGUGUGAAAAAUGCUAAGCAGCAGGUCUUCUGCAAUAAGUAAGACUCUACUUUGUUUGGAUCUGUACAGUCUCCCUGCCAUGGAGAAACCACCUUUUUCUACUGUGCCUCAGA